UAGUCUUUCAUUAUCCCUUCUCGUCAUGUUUGUAGAUAAGUGAGAGAUUACAUGCUAACUUAUUUUGGUGUGUGGAAGUUACAUCACUUGGCAUUUCCAGCCCGGAGGAACGUAGUGUAUGCACAGUCUCACAUAUAAGCUUGAUACCAUAUCGUCAGAUAUUUUCGUAAAUCAAUGCUAUGCAUGCUGGUAGAGUGUUAACAUGAAAUGAGAUGGACGCCAUAAAGAAAUUUGACAAUCCGAAUCCUCGAGGCUCCGCGAAUCCGUUGAAUAAAUUGAUCUUCGGCUGGCUCUACAAGUUUUUCUGGUAUGGAAAAAAUCAUGAUUUGGAAAUGAAAGACAUAUAUAAUGUCUUGCCAGAUGAUAUCAGUGAACUUCUAGGAAACAGACUGGAACAAAAUUGGAAAAAUGAAGUGCACGCGGCUGAAAUGAGCGGUAGGAAACCUAAAUUUCUCAUAGCUUUAAAAGAAACGUUCAUUUGGUCGUUUGUAUAUUAUGGAGGAUGGAUCUUAUUUAUGUGUACUGUAUUAAGAAUUAUGCAGCCUUACAUACUGGGUCUAUUCAUUUGGCAUUUUGACACAAGAGCGACUUCCACGCAAAAUGAAGCGUAUAUCUAUGCAUCCAUUAUAGUGAUCUUAGCAAUAUUGAUGAUCUUCGUCACUCACCAUUCUAAUUUAGGUUUAGCUGAAAUAGGAAUGCGGAUGCGAAUAGCGAGUUCUUCUUUGGUAUAUAGGAAGAUAUUACGGUUAUCAAAAUCUUCCACCGUUACUUCUCCAGGUCAAAUAGUUAAUCUCCUGUCGAAUGACAUGUCGAGAUUUGAUUUGCUUUUCCUGCAACUCCACUACAUUUGGACAAUGCCCAUACAAGCAGCUAUAAUUGCAUUUCUUAUCUGGCAAAAUGUCGGCGUUGCUUCAUUGGCUGGCGUGUUUCUCAUAACUAUCCAGACUAUUCCUGUUCAAGGGUAUAUCAGUAAAUGGAUGUCAAAGUUGCGUUUAAAAAUUGCUUUGAGAACCGACGAGAGAGUUCGUUUAAUGUCUGAGAUAAUCAGUGGCAUACAAGUUAUCAAAAUGUAUACUUGGGAAAAACCAUUUCAAAAACUGGUUAGCCAUGCUCGAAAAUAUGAAGUUGAUGUGCUCACAUUAACGUCAUAUCUGAGAGGUUUCACACUAGCUACGUUCGUCUUCACAGAAAGGACAACAUUAUAUUUCACGAUUAUGACAUAUGUAUUUCUCGGACACACUAUAUCUGCCGACAAAGUAUUCUCAAUGGCACAAUACUUUAAUAUUCUCGAGCUCACGAUGGCGAUAUUUUAUCCAAUAGCUGUUGCGUCUGCUGCCGAAGCGUCAGUGUCUAUAAAACGGAUAGAAAAUUUCCUGCUGCUGGAUGAAAAUAUACCGUUGACACAUUCUUUGUUGAGUAACAAAGAAAGGAGCGUCACAAUGAAAAACGUCAGCGCUUCGUGGACGAAUAACGCAAUUGUCAACACGUUGCACAACAUUAACAUUCAAAUUAAUGCCGGCAACUUAUAUGUUAUUGUCGGUGCCGUCGGUGCUGGGAAAAGUUCUUUACUACAAACAAUUCUAGGCGAAUUGAGGCCAACGUACGGCCAAAUGCACGUGAACGGCAAGAUAUCGUACGCGAGUCAAGAAGCUUGGUUGUUCGCGGGUUCAGUGCGAAAUAACAUCUUAUUUGGACAAACUUACGAUAAAAAUAAAUAUCAGAAAGUUGUUAAAGUGUGCGCUCUAACGAAAGAUUUCGAACAACUUCCAUAUGGCGAUAAGACUCUGGUUGGCGACAGAGGCAUAGCACUCAGUGGUGGACAACGCGCGCGGAUUAACUUGGCAAGAGCCGUCUACAGAAACGCUGAUAUCUACCUAUUCGAUGAUCCUUUAUCGGCUGUUGAUACCCACGUUGGCGCACAAUUGUUUGACGAAUGCAUAAGCGAUUUUUUACGAGAUAAAACGAGAAUCCUUGUUACUCAUCAAUUACAGUAUCUAAAGCAAUGCGAUUACGUUAUUAUUUUGAAUAAUGGCCAAAUAGAGAACGAGGGCACAUUCAGAGAACUUCAAGAAAAUCACGUGAAGUUCCUUGAGACAUUACGGCGAGAAGAAACUAAGGAAGACACGGAAACGUCGAAAAUUGACUUGCUAGAUAUCACACCAGAUGUGAUCCCGAAUAGCAACGUUAAUGAAGACGCAGAGGAGGACAAGGAACCUCAAGAGGUCGAGGAGCUCUUAGCCAAAGGAAGCAUAUCGAAGGCAUUAUACUGGAAGUAUUUGCGCAGCGGCGGUUCGAUCACUGUGAUCAUCACUUUCCUGAUCUUCAUGGUCUUGGGACAAAUCGGUAGCAGCGGCUGCGAUUAUUGGGUCGGCUAUUGGACGAAUCAAGAAGAGUUGCACAUCAAGGUGAUGCGCGAAUGGCACGAAAAUUUAAACGACAGCUUCGCAAUCUCUUCCUCGACGCCAAGUUCGAAUAGACAAAUAAACAACAACUCGUUGGAACUCGCUAAUUUCUCGAUAACCAUUGCCAACGACUACUUAAUAAACGCGACCGAUGAUAUGUGGUUGCAAAAUUUCACUUCCGUUAACGUCACCAAAAUAGAUACGUACUAUUUAGACACGUCUACAGCAUUGUGGAUUUAUGGGAUAUUUAUCAUUGCGAGCAUCGUCAUGACAACGUCGCGGAAUUUAAUCUUUUACUGGAUAUGCAUGAACGCUAGCAAGAAUCUGCACGACUUCAUGUUCUCAUGCCUACUCCAGGCGCCAAUGUCAUUCUUUCAAAAUAAUCCAUCCGGUCGAAUCCUGAAUCGUUUCUCAAAGGACAUCGGCGCUUUGGACGAAACUAUGCCCAGGUUUAUGAUAGAAGCUAUUCAAAUAUUUGCAGUUAUAGUAGGCAUCCUAGUGCAAGUGCUCAUUAUCAAUUGGUGGAUUAUAGUCGCUGUAAUCAUCGCGGGCGCUUUAUUCGCCGUGAUUAAAAAUAUUUACGCACCAACGGCACAAAAAUUAAAACGGUUGGAAGGAAAUGCUAAGAGUCCCGUCUUUUCGCACGUCAACUCCACAUUGUCGGGACUGACGACGAUACGGUCCGCCGGCGCUCAGGAGAUGCUGCGCAAACAGUUCGACGAGCAUCAAGAUUUCCAUACUAGUACUUAUUCGUUGACCAUUGUGACUGGCGUAGGAUUCGGCUUCAUGCUGGAUAUAGUGUCCGCUUGUUUCAUCGCUGUUGUCACAUACAGUUUCGUCGUGUUCGACAACGGGAACGUUUACGCCGGGAACGUCGGUUUGGCUAUUUCGCAAGUGUUCAUUUUAUGUGGCAUGGUGCAACAUGGGAUACGUCAAAUGGCCGAGGCGAUUACUCAAAUGACGAGUGUGGAGAGAAUAUUGCAGUUUACUGAGUUCGAGAAAGAGGGACCGUUCGAAAGUGAUCCUACGAGCAAACCGUCCAGUAACUGGCCGUCCAAAGGAGGAAUUAAUUUCGAUCGCGUUUUUCUUCGAUAUUCCGAGACGGAUCCGCCUGCUCUCAGGUCCUUAAGUUUCAUUAUUGAACCUGGCAUGAAGAUCGGUAUAGCGGGACGCACCGGCGCGGGGAAAUCGUCUCUCAUUUCAGCUCUCUUGCACAUGGCGAAGCUGGAUGGUGUCAUUUACAUCGACAACGUGAACACGAAGAAAAUCGGCCUGCAUGAUUUGAGAAACAAAAUCUCCAUAAUACCGCAGGAACCAGUACUGUUCUCUGCGACAUUGCGCGAGAAUCUCGAUCCUUUUAACAAGUUCAACGACGCCGACUUGUGGACCGCUCUGGAGGAGGUGGAGUUGAAAGAAUCAAUGGACUCGUUAGACCAUUACGUCCAACAGGGCGGUAACAAUCUCAGCGUCGGCCAACGACAGUUGAUUUGCUUAGCGCGUGCGAUUCUUCAGGACAACAAGAUACUCGUACUCGACGAAGCUACUGCCAACGUGGACCCCAUGACGGAUGCGCUGAUACAAAAUACAAUCAGAAAGAAAUUCAAGGCCUGUACGGUGCUAACGAUAGCGCAUAGAUUGAACACUAUAAUGGACAGUGACAAGGUGCUAGUGAUGGAUCAUGGUCAAGCAAUUGAAUUCGAUCAUCCGUACAUUUUGCUGCAGAACGAUCAGAGUUACUUUAGCAGUAUGGUUCAGAAAACUGGGAAGUUGAUGGCCGAGCAGCUUAAACACUCCGCUCAAGAGGCUUAUGAACAACAGCAUGGCUUCAUGUGACUUCUAGUAAAAGUAUAUCAGAAUAAUUAGCACAUCUGUGCUAAUAAUUUAGUUUAUACCUCAAAUUCUGUUUAAUUGGACGACUUAUAUUAAGAAGUCUAGUCAAAAUUUUACAUUAGGAAGUCUAGUUGAAAUGUUACACUAGGAACAUUCUUAUAAUGUUAGUACUUACUAGGUACUUAUUUGAAAAUAUGUACUUAGACUUGUAUUUUUUAUAUAUUCAUGCAGAGCAG